GCAAUACGCCAAGGUUUUCUGGCAGCGAUACAGCGAGAUUGCAGACUACACAAAGUAUCUCAAAACGAUUGAGGACGGAGAGGAGCGCAUGCGCAAGAUUGAGCACCAGCGCAAGCUGUUGCGAAGAAAGAUGCAGCAGUACCGCGUCCCCUUCACGCAACUCAAGAUUAACUACUCGGUCUCUACCACCAACAAAAAAGUGUAUACUGAGGAAGAAGACCGGUUUCUCCUGGUGCUCCUUGAUCGUCACGGCGUCGACACGCCAGGCCUCUAUGAGACGAUGCAGCAGGAGAUCGCAGAAUCCCCUCUCUUCCGAUUCGACUGGUUCUUCCUCAGCCGUACGCCUGUUGAGCUCAGUCGGCGGUGUACGACACUGCUUACCACAAUCGUCAAGGAGUUUGAGGACGUUCAGCCCAACCAAGAGCGCUAAUGGGGCGAACGGCAAGGUCAAGCGGGAUGCUGAUGACGACGAAAACGACGAGGAUAGUGUGUUGGGUAUGGCACCAUCCAAGAAGAAGUCGAAGAACGGAGUCAAGAACAAAGCGCUCGACAACAUCAAGUCAGAAGCAGGCAGCAAGAGUACUUCUGCAGCUCCUUCAAGGGCGUCAAGCGUCGCAUCCACCAAGACAAACGGGCCUUCCAAGUCCAAAGCCAAGGGAAAAAAGAAGUAAGAGUUACUGAAGUUUGUUCUUGGGGGCAAGGUAUGACUGGCAGCGAGUUGGUCUGGUAGCCCGGCAGUCAGGGCUCGUGACAUGGUAGACAUGGCGUUUGGUCAGGUAUGAAACGGAUUGACGGGAUAUUGUCCGGCUCAACGAGUCGGGAGAGAGAGUGCGAUUUGUCUUGUAUUAUUUCUGUCGCCAACGGUAUGUUUCAGACCUUCGUAUAGAAGGUUUAGGCACUGAUUACACAAAGAGACUCUGGCUCCUGUCUUUUGUCCGAACCUGGUCACCAGCGCUGUGAGAAA